UCUACGUCUCUUUGAUAUUUUACGCACAUUUCAUUUCACAGCCACAGCCACUGUGAAGUUCGUAAGAGAUUUAUGACGGAAUAUAAUAAAAGUAAUAACAGAAAAUAAUAAUAGCUCGGAGCCAGGUCCAAAUCCAAUAGUAACCACACACCAAAACUUCGUCUCUCCGAUUCACUACUUGUAUUCUUCCUUCUCUUUUAUUCUAUUCUAAAUUUCGCAUUGGACAUGGCUUUCACACAGCUUAUCCCUUCACCUUCUUCUUCCUCCUUAAACCCUAUCACACUCUCCCUAAACCCUAAAUCCCCAACCUCUCCGCCGCAGCAGCAUUUCAAUCUCGAUAUUCUCCGGCACCGGCGCCGGAGGCCUAAUUCCACUCUUCGGUGCUCCGCCUCCUCGUUCUCGGAGAAGCACCACACGAACUCCUCGAACUCCGACGACGUGGUGGAGCUCCCCCUGUUCCCUCUCCCUCUGGUCCUCUUCCCUGGCGCCAUCCUCCCCUUGCAGAUCUUCGAGUUCCGCUACCGCAUCAUGAUGCACACGCUCCUCCACACCGACCUACGCUUCGGCAUCAUCUACACCGACGCCGUCUCUGGAACCGCCGAGGUCGGCUGCGUCGGCGAAGUCAUCAAGCACGAGCGCCUCGUCGACGACCGGUUCUUCCUCAUCUGCAAGGGGCAAGAGCGGUUCCGCGUGAAUGGUGUUGUCCGCACCAAACCCUACCUCGUCGCGCAGGUGACGUGGCUCGAGGACCGCCCUUCUCCCUCCACCGACCUCGAUCUCGACGGUCUCGCCACCGAAGUGGAGACCUAUAUGAAAGACGUUAUCCGGUUAUCGAACCGGUUGGGAGGGAAACCGGAGAAGGAGGUUGGGGAUUUGAGACGAAACCUCUUUCCCACGCCGUUUUCGUUUUUCGUUGGGAGCACCUUUGAGGGCGCGCCUAGGGAGCAACAAGCGCUGCUUGAAUUGGAGGACACUGCGGCCAGAUUGAAGAGGGAGAAGGAAACGUUGAAGAACACGCUUAAUUACCUCACUGCUGCUUCUGCUGUUAAAGACGUUUUUCCCUCUUCUUCCAAUUCUUCUUGAUUGGGGCUUAUACUUUACCUAAGGUAUUGUUGCUUUUAAGUGUAACCUCGUCUCAAUAUAUUCAGAAAAUAGAUGUAAAUUAUUUUUGUGCCUAAACGCUAGUUGUUGUUUUUUUUUUUCAUUUGUGAUACAUUUUAUAUACUGUGCUACUUGAUAAAUAAAAAAUCCGACACAUACAAUUUUGCGGAUAUAAUGCGAAUAGUGGUGUGGCUAAUAGGAUUCUAU